GCAGAUUACUAAUAGGACAUUUAUUUCUCUUUCCCAAAUUAUUGCCUUGUCAGAAGAAAAUCUGGAAGGAGUUGAAAAGAAGAUGGAAGAAUUUCUGAAUCUUACACAACUAAAGACAUCUUUGAAAGAAGCUAUUUUACUAGAUUAUUAUACUGCAGGAUUUUGGUGGGCUAGGGAAAUGAACUUCAGCCUUAUGCAACUCUCAGGAUUCAUGGAUCUAUUAAAUUUCACCUUGGAGAACCUCAGCAGCAAACAUAUGACCUUGGGAGAUAAUUUAAAAGAACUUGAAAGAGCAUUGGCUGGAAUAGGAGAAACUGAGUCAGCAGAAAGAGGUGACCUGAAUUUAUUCAGCAUUGAGCAAGCCAAAGCAAUCAUUGAUUACUUGGUUGCCAGCAUAUUCAAAAACUAUAAAGCGUAUGAAUACCUCUUCCACAGUCGUGGAGAAGAACCUGUGAUAAGUAAUGAGAAUGAGAUUGAACUUGACCAACCUGCAGUUUCCCCCUCAGCUUCAGCGACAGAAUCUCAGGGGUCUGACAAGGGGGAUUACCUGCAAGAGUCCUGUCCAGAGGCAGCAUCUUCUGAGGUGGAUGCUGUAACUGGAGUUGCUGCUGAAGAUGAGAAGUCUGCAGUGUGUGAAAUCCCAAAUGAAAUUAUUGGCAACCUUGAGGCAGCCAUAAAUGAAAAGCUGCAAAUGCAGGAAGAAGCUUAGACUUGGAGAACAGAAAAAUUGACAAGUCCUAAAUAGCC